AUGUGGUUCUUAGUGUUAGCAUUUCUUAUAGCCGUCUUGUACUAUUAUGGUACAAGAAACCACGAUUUCUGGAAAAAGAGGGGCGUGAAAUACGAUGAGCCGAUUAUCUUCUUCGGCAGCAACCUCAGCCACAUCAUUAAUAAACACAGCUUAUCUGAGCGGUUCUAUGAACUUCACAACCGGUUCCCUGAUGAGAAGUACGUUGGUUAUUUCGAGGCGACCAACCCAGCUAUACUCGUGAGAGACCCCGACUUGAUCAGGAACAUUUUAGUGACCGACUUCAGAUACUUCCAUAGACGUGGUUUGAGCCCGCAUAAGGAGGAUAUCGAGCCUAUGUUACGAAACUUGUUCACGGUAGAUGGCGACGCGUGGAAACUGCUCCGUCAGAGAAUGACACCAGCGUUCUCGAGCGCCAAAUUGAAAGCCAUGUUCCCUCUAAUCGUUGAACGCACUGCGAAGUUGUCGGUGUUAGCAGAAUCGUAUGCUGAAAAGGGGCAAGAGGUGGAUGUCAGAGAUCUAAUGGCACGUUAUACGACAGACUUCAUUGGCGCCUGCGGCUUCGGCAUUGACUCUAAAACGCUGGACGAUGAAUCGAACGACUUCAGAAGCCUCGGCAAGAGGAUCUUCACGAUCACAUCGAGAGAUAUCCUGGUCCAACUUCUGAAACGCACGUUUCCCAACGUGGAACUCUUCAGGCACUUAUACAUGUUUGCGCCUGAGAUUGAGAGGAAGACGAUGUCGCUAGUACAACAAAUUAUGAGUCAGAGAGAUUACAAACCCUCUGGCAGAAACGAUUUUAUCGACCUGAUGCUGGAACUGAAACAAAAGGGGAAGAUGGUCGGGGAGUCGGUGGACAAACGAAAUCCUGAUGGGUCACCAAAAAUUGUCGAGCUAGAACUAGACGACCAGCUUAUAGCUGCCCAGGUGUUUGUGUUCUUUGCAGCUGGGUUUGAAACCUCGUCUUCGUCAAGCAGUUCCUUAUUGCAUCAGCUGGCUUACCAUCCUGACGAGCAAGAGAAAGUGCAAAAAGAAAUUGACGAAGUUAUAGCUAAGUACGAUGGAAAGCUAUGCUACGACGCUAUUAAGGAUAUGAAGUAUUUAGAAAUGGCUUUCAAAGAGGCCAUGCGAACCAUGCCACCGGUCGGGUUCUUGACCAGAAAGACAGCUGGCAAAUAUACCUUCCCCGGGACAAACCUCACCCUAGAGGAUAGAACAGGCGUCGUCAUCUCCACGCAAGCUCUCUAUUCGGACGAGAAAUAUUUCGAGGACGCUAAGGAAUUCAAACCAAUGAGAUUUCACCCGGAUAAAAAGAUAAGGAAGGAUCUGUUCCUGCCCUUUGGAGACGGGCCAAGGGCUUGUAUUGGUGAACGCUUGGGCGUUAUGCAAGCGCUGGCGGGAAUCGCAGCCCUCCUCCAUCAAUUUUCAGUAUUACCCUCCAAGAGCAGCAAACGCUACCCAGACAUCGAUCCAUCAUCCACAAUUAUCCAGAACGUGCUUGGUGGUCUACCGUUGUUACUAAAGAAGAGAAAAAAAUAGAUUAGGCCUAG